UGCCAAAUAAGUAUAAUAAAAUUGGACCCUAACUGAAUUUAAUCAUGCUCUUUUUUCCUACUACUUAAUCUUAAGUUGAGAGUGCAUUGGUGACAACAAUCAGCAGAGCAAAUAUUUCAAUUUCUCUGUUGGCCAAGUUUGCAUUUUGACACAAUGGUACUUCAUUCCCCUGCUAAAAUUCUAAUAGGACUCUCCUUAGACCAAGAUGAUAGCAAGGAGCUUCUCUCAUGGGCAAUAAGAGUUCUAGCCAAUCCAAAUGACACCAUUGUGGCUGUGCAUGUUCUUGUUGCUGAGGAUAAGAAGAAGCGCGUCUCAGUUAGAAGAAGGCAAUCACAGCUUAGGCAGGCCAAAGCAUAUGUUAUAUCUGUGCUUGCUGAUUUUGCAAAGACUUGUUGGUCUAACCAGGUUAACUUGGAGGCCAAAGUGGCUCUCAGUUCCAGAGUUGGUAAAGGUUUAGUUGAGGAAGCCAAGUCCAUCUCUGCUGAUUUUCUUCUUCUUCGCGGCUCAAGAAACCAAACAAAUAAAUUUGGAACCUCUAGAGGAAUUACCAAGUAUUGCUUUGAGCAUGCACAUGAAGGUUGUACCAUGGUCUCAGUUGGUAGAUGUACAAAGGCAAGAUCCAAUUCAAAUUCAACACAUAUUCAAGCAGAAGAUAAUCAUAAACCAAGUUCAAGAAAGUUUAAGGAGGAUAACAAUGGUGACAAGGCUACCAAUUCCCCUGCUCUGAAGGACUUCAUCUCAGAAUUGAAGACACAUAACAGUUCACCAAGAACGGUACUCGAUGCGCUCGAGGGACAAUCAAACAGCACAGAAUAUGACACCUUCAGCACCAGGGUCUCAAGCACCACAUACACCCCUUCAUCAGAUCUAACAAAGAGCCCAUCCAAGUUAAGUACAUCACAGUUCUCAUUCAGGCUUAUUAUCUCAUUCCUUAGUUCACCAUUCAGAAAAAGAAACUUCAGCAUAUCCAAAAGUGAAAAGCAUCAACCCUUGUUGAAGUGCUUCAGCUAUGAAAAGAUAUCCCAUGCUACUAAUGAUUUCCACCAAGAUAAUUUGGUUGGAAGAGGUGGGUACUCAGAAGUAUACAGAGGUGAUCUUUCUGAUGGAGUUACCAUUGCUGUGAAGAGAUUAGCCAAGGACAACAACAAUCCUAAUAAGGAAAAAGAAUUUCUUAUGGAGUUAGGUGUUAUAGGACAUGUCUGUCAUCCUAACACUGCAGGUUUAUUAGGCUACUGCAUUGAAAAUGGGCUCUAUCUGAUUUUCAAUUACUCUCAAAAUGGAAACUUGUCAACUGCAUUGCAUGGUAAAGCAGGAAAUUCACUUGACUGGCCAAUCAGAUACAAAAUUGCUAUUGGGGUUGCAAGGGGUCUUCAUUAUCUUCAUAAGUGUUGCAAACGCAGAAUAAUUCACCGUGACAUUAAAGCCUCCAAUGUUCUUCUGGGUCCUGAUUAUGAACCACAGAUUACUGAUUUUGGGCUCGCAAAGUGGCUUCCUAACAAGUGGACUCACCAUGCUGUGAUCCCUGUGGAAGGAACAUUUGGAUACUUAGCACCAGAGUGCUUCAUGCAUGGAAUUGUGGAUGAGAAAACUGAUGUUUUUGCAUUUGGUAUUCUUCUUCUGGAGAUUGUAACUGGAAGGAGACCUGUUGAUUCAUCAAAGCAAAACCUUCUCCUAUGGGCAAAGCCUUUCAUGGAAUCAGGGAGUAUUGGUGAGCUAGCUGAUCCAAGAUUAGAAGGUAAAUAUGAUGGAGAGCAACUGUAUAGGGUAGUGCUUACAGCUUCAUACUGUGUGAGACAAACUGCCACGUGGCGUCCACCAAUGAGCGAGGUGUUGGAGCUGCUAACCAGUGGCCAAGACAGUGAGGUUGGAAAGAGCUGGAGGAUUCCAAAGUUCACUUCUGAUGAAUUGGAUGAUUACUCAAUGGUUUUUGGAUAUGAUGUCCCCUCAGACGUAUCUCUUGAGGAUUAUUUGUGAGAAUUGAAUAAAUGUAGGCUCAGAUUGAAAUUUGUUUUCUAUAGUUUAGGUUUGUGACAGGAGUGUAGUGAUAAAAUAAGUAGUAGAUCACUAAUGGGUUCUUUAUUUUUUGUAAUUUAAGAUAUGUCUCUGUUUAUUGAGUUUCGUUUUGGGGUAAUUUUGUAUACCUUAUAACCUUAGUCUAAUCUAUCUGGGUUGAGUAAAUGUGGUCAGUAUUUCCUUUUUCUUUUCUUUUAUCCAUCUUUUGGGAGUGAUAGGAGGCAAGAAGAAGAUUAAAUUUUCUUAUGAAGAUUUUAGGGAAAUAAUGUUAUUAUGAUAAAGUAUUGUGUUCAGUUUGUUCUUUAAGCAAAAAGAGCUUAAAUUUUAA